AUGUCUGAAGUAAAAUCUUAACUUGGAUACACUAUAACUGGAGUUGACUUAAAUAAUUUGACAGAGGAGCAAUUCAAAAACAUUCAAGAAGCUCUUUGGACACAUGGUAUGAUAUGUAUAAAAAAUUAAAGCUUAGAUACUCAGUAAUAGAUUGAAUUUACAGAAAAAUGGGGUAAAUUGGUAAUUCUUCCCCCUUACUAUGCUUUUGAUAAUAGAGACCCUCAAUAUCCAGCUAUUGUUAGAGUAGGAAAUGUAAGACUAGAUGGAAGUGUUAAGCCUAAUUCAAAAGAUGCUGAGUAUUGGCACAAAGAUGGAAACUUUAGAUAGCCUGGAGAAAACUUUAUAAUAAGUAUUUUAGUACCUAAGGAGAUUGCUUAGGUUGGAGGAUAAACGGGAUACGCUUGCUCUGAAUAAGUUUUAAAAGAUUUACCUGAAAACAUUAAAGAAAAAUUAGAAGGUGCUCAAAUUAUAGUAAGAACAUAGACUAUUUCAGAUUUUAAAGAUGCCAAGCCUGAAGAACAUUUGCCUGAAGCCCAUCAUCCUGUUUUUGCUCCUCAUCCAAUUACUGGCAGAAAAGUAUUUAACAUAACUUAAAAAAAUUAAAAUGACGUCAUCCUAAAAGACGGAAACAGAAUUGAUUCAAAGGAUAUUAAUCCUGAAAUAGAAAACUCUUACAAGAUUCAUGGACAUCAAUGGGAAAUGGGCGAUGUAGUAAUUUGGGAUAAUAUUAGAGUUAUCCAUAGAAGUAUGGGAGGUUUUGGAAACAACAGAAGACUUCUUUUCAGAACAUAAGCAUAAAUUUAAUAUUGA